AUGGCCUUGGACUCGGGGGCCAAGCGCCGUAAGAUUGAUCAUGGCGGCUCGAGUCUCCGACACGAUGGUCUCAUUGAUUUCAAGUCACGAAAUGCUACCCGCGUGUCAUCCGCCAGCACCUUCGUGCUUCAAACCGAAGAACUACUCAAGGAGGCCAAGAUGGACUAUGGCAAGACACUUAAAGACGCCGAUAGCCAAUUGUUUCGAUUGAAGACCGUCGUGGAUGCGAUUGAGCCACAUGAGCCUCUCCCGAUUGCCGACGCGACGUCGAAAUUCGAGAAACAACAUUGCAUUACUGUGCCAUACCCAGACCCAAAGCCUCCCAAAGAUUCUCCAUACAAAUUAUCAUACGCUAAGCCUGCACAAUGCAAUGUCGUCGGCAGUUACGUUUCGAGGACGAUGGUCAAGUCUCAAGCCGUUCUGGGUAUUGACAUGGUUGCUCAAAUGCCUGCCUCGCUUUUCCAAGACAAAGACUAUCUAAGCAUGCGAUAUUUUUACCGUAGAGCCUACUUCAUCGCUUACAUCGCUGCUCAAGUUCGCAAGGAGAUGGGGAAUGCUGCGACACUGACUUUCGAAUUUCUCAACGAAAAUCCCCUUCUCCCGGUACUGGUUCUCCAGCCGUUGCCUGAGGCGGCCGAGGCGGCAGACACAACCAGUGCCAAGAAAGCAGAUCCGAACGUUGCGAAGAAGAACAAAAAGAACUCCGGCUACUUCAUCCGCUUAAUUCCAUGCGCGCCGGACAAUCUCUUCCCUUGGUCGAAACUUACGCCGUCCGCAAAUUGCACUCGCUUGGGAGAGACCAAGGAAAAGAAAGGAAGCAGCUCGACCUCCCCAUUCUACAAUUCGACUCUUAAUGCCGAGAGAACCUUUAUUCAGUACCUCAGAGUUUUAACAUUGGCGAAGAACGAAUGUCCAGCCUUCCCGGACGCAUGUGUUUUGGGCAGAAUAUGGCUGCAGCAGCGCGGCUUUGGCGGGUCUAUAUCUCAAGGCGGAUUUGGCCAUUUCGAAUGGGCGACGAUGAUAGCUCUUUUGCUGCAGAUGGGCGGAAGAAAUGGGCAACCUGCUUUGUCUAGCUCCUUAAGCAGUACAGAGCUGUUCAAGGCCGGCAUACAAUUUCUGUCAACAACAGAUUUCAAUAAGCGGCCAUUUACAUUCAAUUCGGCCACUGUCGAUGCCAAACUAAUCCGAGAAGCUGGUCCAGUCAUGUUUGAUCCCGUACGGGAGCUGAAUAUUCUGUCAAAGAUGACACCGUGGUCCGCUAGCCUUCUGCGACUUCAUGCGAAAUCGACAUCAGAUCUUCUAGCUGAUGAGAGGGCUGAAAAGUUCGAGCCUACAUUCAUCACCAAGACCGAUGUCACGUUCCAAGUCUACGAUGCCGUAUUCCAGAUCACCAAGUCUGAUUUUGCCAAAUAUGUAGAUUCCGCUGAUCGCAGCAGCAUCUCCUGGAAAUUCGCAUUUGAUGUGCAGAAAAUACUCAAGAAAGCCUUUGGGAAUCGUGCACAACUAGUUCACAUAGAGCUUCCAUCAGUGAACCCAUGGCAACUUGCCAGCCCAGCCGCGAAGCCCGCUACAGAGCUUCUUGUUGGGGUCAUCUUUGACCCAGCUCAUAUGUCUCGGCAAAUGGAGUAUGGUCCACCCGCGGAGGAAGAAAAGGAGGCUGCUGUUUUCAGACAAUUUUGGGGCGAAAAAGCCGAGCUGAGGCGCUUUAAAGAUGGAAGCAUUCGUGAAUGCGUCGAGUGGAAUGGCAAGUCACCUUUCCAAGUUUGUGAGGAAAUCACUACCUACUGUUUAAAGGAGCACUUGAAAGUAGCAAAGGAAGACAUAACUGCGCAUGGAAACGGGUUCAGCUCCCUGAUUGGCCUUUCUCACAUGGACAAAGAGGCCUUCGACUCAGCUAGGAGAGCAUUUACGACGUUUGAAAACGACAUUCGAGGUUUGGACGACCUUCCUCUUCAGAUUCGCCAGUUAUCACCAGUCUCACCAUCUGCUCGCUACUCGUCCUUGGAGCCACCAAUGCUUGGAUUUCACAAGGACAAUGUUGAGCCGAUGGAAGUCAACUUGUACUUCGAAGCAUCCAGCAAAUGGCCAGAAAAUCUUACGGCGAUUCAAGAAGCAAAGGUGGAUUUCCUUCUUGACUUUGACCGGCGUUUAACAGCUGCCAAUGACAAGCUCACAACAUAUCUUGGUCGUGAAAACAGAGACGUCGGCAUUGACAAUUUGGCAUAUUUGGAUGUUGUGUAUGAAGGCGGUGCAGCCUUCCGCCUGAGGAUAUACUGCGACCUGGAAGACACUUUGCUCCAGCGCCAAGUCCAAAACAAGACGCUUGAUGCCCAUGUGCGCGAAGAAGCCUCAGAGGCUCUCGCUUCACUUCACUGGCAUUCUACCACACUACCCUUGCAUACUCAAACCAUCGCAACGUUUUGUACUCGCCUGCAGCCCUUGUCACAAACUAUUCGCCUGGUUAAGCAUUGGUUUGCCAGCCAUAAACUUUGUGGACACUUCUCGGAUGAACUCAUUGAGCUGUUCGUCCUGCAUGUCUUCAUUCAGCCAUAUCCAUGGCUAAUGCCGUCGUCUCCUUCAACGGGACUUUUACGCACUCUAUUUUUCUUGGCAAGGUGGGAUUGGCGGGACGAACCAUUGGUUGUAGAUUCUGCUGAAACCAUUACAACGGAGGGCCAGUCCACGAUGCGACGAGAACUCGAAGCUUGGAGGAAGCGAGACCCUCACAUGAACCAUCCUGUUCUGUUUGUGGCCACGUCUAAUGAUCAGUCAGGGCUGGGCUAUACUAGAGGCGGACCAUCGAAGCUCAUCGCAUCACGGAUGACUCGCCUGGCCAAGGCGGCAUGUAAACUCGUUCGCGAUCAAGGAUUACAUCUCGUGCCGAAUAGUCUUUUUGAGUCGUCACUCCAAGACUACGACGUUCUGAUCCAUCUCUCAACCAAGACUAUCAAGCACAUCUUGGCCGAGGCAGCCACAGAAUUUGGCGCAAAGAAGCAAUCACAAUACAAGAAUCUCAAUGCCCGCACUGGCAAGAUGCCCCUACCCAUCAGAGCACACCCGUCUACCGUCCUUGCCCAAGAAUUGCAACGAGCCUAUGGCGACACUUUCGUUUUCUUCUCAGGUGGACCAGAAGAGUCCGUCUUGGCGGCCAUUUGGAACCCGAAACUGCAAAAGAAACAAAAGUUUAGAGCUGGACUACCGUAUAACUUCCGAAAGGUUGAGGCGGGCAAUGAUGCUGAUGAUUCGGCCCCUGACAUGGUUGACGUAAAUCGACAAUCUAUCCUACUGGAGAUAGCAAGAACAGGCGGUGAUAUGAUCAAGAAGAUUGAAGUUGGGGAGGAUGAGGAAUAG